GUUGGGAGUACCCGGAUGGGUCUUUCACAGCACGACGUAUCUUUUUGAGACCGGAAGCUCUGUUUCACCCAUCAGAGCCAAACGCCAAACCCUGCCAGAUUAGUCUUUUUCAGGUGGAAAAAUGCUGUCUAUAUUCAAGUCCAUCCCCACGCACAUGGAUUAUAAAGGCCAGAAGCUGGCUGAACAGAUUUUCCAAGGAAUAAUACUCAUCUCAGCGGUGAUUGGAUUCGUGUAUGGUCUGAUCAUUGAACAGUUUGGGUGGACAGUGUACAUAGUCUUGGCUGGCUUUGCUGUGUCUUGUGUGUUGACCCUGCCCCCAUGGCCUAUGUACAGAAAGAAUCCUCUGUCCUGGCAACCAGUUAUACCAGAGACCAGUGGGGAGUCCAACCAAAAGCCUCAGGAAAGCAUCAAGAAGAAGAAGCACAAAUAACUCAGAACUAUCCCUGCCCAGUUGUUGAUCAUUUUUUAUAUUGAAAAUUAUUUUGAAGUUCUUCUCAUGGAUCACAUUUGAAGCAUUUAGGAGGAAAACCUUAUUACAGUGUUUAUCAGUCGAUAAUGAAAUACUCAUGUGUCCAAAUAAUAAACAUCUGAUACUGUC